AUGAUUGUCUUGGGAUACGUGAACCCGGAAUUGUCACAAGAUCCAAGCGAUAAUACAUGGAUAUGCGAUCAAGGGAGAAGACGUGAAUUCUUAGCCAUACAGUUAGGUUUCAUUGGAACCGACUUCAUUAUUGAUAGUUUUGUCACCAUUAGAUUGGUUCAAAUAUUGAAUGAUGGGAAUCGAAAUGCGGCCGAAGUCAAUUCAAUAAUAGGUCGGAAAAGGAAAAAGAGAACUUUGUUUACCGCAGUUUUGUACUGGAAUUUUUUUAGGCUGACCAUUGACUUUUUGUAUAAUGGAAUAACGGUUUUAAAUACUGUGGGAAUUAAUAAUAUAAUACUCGAUGGUUUACUAUGUUUCGCCACCAUCGCUCAAUCUUAUCUAAUCACUGUUGAUGCAGAGAUUGUUAAGGUCAUUGAGGGCAGGACUCCUACUGAUGAGUGGCCAAAUAACAGAUUUACUGGCAAUGGAAGGAAUGUCGGCAGGUCUACUUUCUCUCCACCUCUGCCAGUUACAUCUCGAGUAACGCGAGACGUUUCUUUCACACCGAGAUAUCAACGAAUUGUACAAUCUUGGACUUCCCCACCGAGUCGACAUCGAUCACAGUACUCCCCUCCUUCGACCUGGAUGAGUGAGUCUCCAUUGAGACAACAACAAACUGCAUCUUUCCGGCUUGACAAAGGGAAAUUUGUUGUAGUCUCGAUGCAAAGAUUAACGUUCUUUGAAUGGGCGAACAUUGUAACGGGGAUUGACAUUGAUCAAGGACCGGAAAUGACAGGUGAUUUAGGUGGAUUUGAUGGAUUAAAAUUGAACAGUAAUAAUAUUAGUGGUAUUUCGAUCGAAGGAAGUUCUCAAAGAAUAGCAGACGACAGGGACACUGUAGAACUAGUGAAUUGUGAUAACAGUUCAUUCCCUGAAUUGGCACAUCUAAGUCAAUCAAGGCGGGGUAGCGAUACUUCAACGAUAUCUAAUUCGUCCACACAAACUAAAAUUAAUGAUUUACAUUUUGUUUCCGAUAUGAAUUACAAACAUUCAUUCAUAUAG